AGUAGUAGGCCAAGCAAAAGCAACACCACACCACUCACUCCUCUCCUCUCCUCUUCCCCAAAUCGAUGGCACCCGAGGUGCAGCCCUCGCCGUCGCCGUCGCCGUCGCCGUCGCCGAACCGCUCGCCGGAGACGGGGCCCGGGGACCGGCAGCUGGCGCCGAUGCACGGCGCGGGAGAGGACCGCGCGACGGAGAAGAGCCUCGCCACGCCGCAACCGGACCCCACGGCCGUCGUCGUCGCCACCGAGCACCACGCGGCCGCCGCCAAGUACGUGCCCCCGCGCGCCCCGGAGCACGGCGCUGCGGGAGAUGGGCGCUGGUACUCGUGGAACGGCGGCCGCGCCCCCAAACAGUCCCGUCCCCCGCCGAGGCAGAAGCCGCGGACGGAGGCGGCAUGGGCGCCGCCACAGCCUCGUCCAGCGCCGGCGCCGCCGCGGGUGCCUGCGCCUGCACUGGCUCCUGCACCGCCACCGCCACCGGUACCGGCCCCGGCACCAGCACCGAGAGUGUCGGCUCGGGCGGCUGAGCAGGACCACCGGGGCGUGUCCGGCAUCCUGUCGCGCAAACGGCGCGCGACUGUUGUGCACCGGGCCGCGCUGGUGGCGCGGGUUGCGGCCGCAGUGCUCUGCCUCGCGGCGCUCGCGGUGCUCGCCGCCGAUCACCGCAAGGGUUUUGCGCUCGACUCCUUCAGCAACUACAGCCAGUUGCGGUACUCUGAGGCGGUGAACGUGAUUGGGUUCCUUUACUCGGUGUUCCAGUUCUUUGUGCUCGUGAAUCUCAUGAGGAGGAACAAACAUUUGAAUCCGCGGCCCGGAGGCGAUUACUUCGACUUUUUCAUGGAUCAGGUGCUCGCUUACCUUCUGAUAUCUUCAUCGUCAUCAGCAACUGCUAGAGUAGGCGAUUGGAUAGACAACUGGGGGAGCGACCCUUUCCCAAAGAUGGCGAACAGCUCCAUCGCCAUAUCCUUCCUGGCGUUCUUGGUUUUUGCAAUCAGUGCCCUCAUCUCUGCUUACAAUCUCUUCCAGCGAGAUAUUUAGCUGCUCUCAGCUGCAAUCACCUUGUUACCUUUUCGCAUCUAGACUAAGUUUUCAGUGCAGUCAUUGCUGUGUUGCACAUGUAUAUGUAAUCAUGGGCCAACAAUUGGAGUUCAGUCUUAACUAGACUUCUAGAGUA